AUGCUCCCCUACGACGGCGAGCCCGUACACGCUCCCUCGACCAGCGCCUGGGCGUGGGACCCAACCUUCUCGCUCUACUUCAACACGGCCACCCAUCAGUGGGCAAAGCCCCGCCCCGACGGCGGCUGGGACUACGCAGGUGGCCACAACUCGGCACCCGCACCCCAACAACCCGACCAGCCGCCCGAUCAGCCGCCCGACGACGACGACGACGACCCGCAACCCUCCGCCGACGACGACCGCACCACCUCGCACCGCGUCCAGGUCAGCUACGACGACGUCGCCACCGCCGUCCCCGAGGAGCAGCUCUGGCCCGCCUCGGACGACGACAACGACGACCUCGACCCCGCCGACCGCUUCUCGUCGGCUCCCCUCCUCCGCCUCGUCGUCCACCGCCGCCCCGACCCUGCCGUCCUCCCCCUCGCCCACACCGUCGCGUCCCUCGACCCCGCCGAGCCCGUCUCGAUCGGCCGCGACAAGUCGUUCGAGCGCCGCAUCCGCCUCCGAGAACUCGCCGUCUCAAAGACGCACUGCACCUUGUUCUGGGCACACGGCGACGGCGAGGGCGAGGGCGAGGGCGGGCACUGGGCCGUCGUCGACAACGGGAGCACGCACGGGACCUUUGUCGGCGCAGAGGGCGGCGAGGACGAGGUGCGCCUGUCGGACCCAAAGGUCGCCUCGACGCCCAAGCGGCUCCACCACCUCGACACGAUCCGCACGGGCUCGACGACGUUCGCCGUCCACAUCCACGCCUCGUUCGCCUGCACCGCCUGCUCGGUCGCGUCCGACUCGUCCAACCUGAUCCCGCUCGUCGCCGCGCCGUCCGACUCGGCACCCUCGGCCUCGACGCCGGCCUACACGGGCUCGAAGACCAAGGCGCAGAAGGAGCAGGACCGCCGAGAGCAGAUGGCGCUCCUGCGCGGCAAGCUCCUCAAGCCGGCGCCGGGCACCUCGUCCUCCUCCACCUCGUCCUCGCCCGCACCGACCCCUCGAACUACCUCCAAACCCGCCACCUCGUCCCCCUUCAUCGACCGCGCCGCCGCCCGCCGCGAGCGCAACGCCCUCGCCGCGCCCUCGCCCUUCUUUGCCGUCCCCGGCCGCAGCUCGUCGUCGACGGCAACCGCAGCCGCAGCAGCGCCGGCGUCGUCGAAGCCCGCCGCCACCCCGGCCGCCGCCGACCCGUUCUCGAGCGACUCGCGCGGCGCCCAGCUGCUGAGCAAGCUCUCGGGCUCGAGCGGGGCGGGCAGCAGCAGCAGCACGACGGCGGGGGCACCGAGUGCACGACUGGGCGCGGGAGCAGGAGCAGGGCUCGGCACGCUCGUCGAGGCGCGGACGUACGCCGACGCGGGCGCGGGCGAGGCGAGGGACGUGCGGCCGGGCUUGGGGAGCCGGCCGCUCGUGGUCGGGGUCGAGCGGGUCGGCGAGGCGCGCUCGGGACGGGGAGCGGGAGGAGCAGGUGCGGGUGCGGGCGAGGGCAAGCGGGACUGGCGGGGCGAGGGGAGGGAGAGGAGCUACAAGCGGUUGAGGGAGGGCGACUAAGGAGGACGGUCGGCUGCAGUGCGAGAGCCUCGCUUUCUCUUCGGUCCU